CGCCGGUUCCGCAGCAUCGGCCGCUUUGCUUCCUUCAGCCCCGAGAAGAGCGCCCACAGCCCCCCGUCAUGGUGCACUGGACCGCCGAGGAGAAGAACGCCAUCAGCUCCAUCUGGGCCAAGGUGGACGUGGGCCAGGUCGGCGGCGAUUCUCUCGCCAGGCUGCUGAUCGUCUACCCCUGGACCCAGCGCUUCUUCAACAGCUUCGGCAACUUGAGCAACGCGGCGGCCAUCCAGAGCAAUGCGCAGGUCAAGGCGCACGGCAAGAAGGUCUUCACCGCCUUCGGGGACGCCGUCAAGAACCCCGAGGCCGUCAAGGAGACCUUCGCCAAGCUGAGCGAGCUGCACUGCGACAAGCUGCACGUGGACCCCGCCAACUUCAAGCUGCUGGGCGACAUCCUGCUGACAGUGCUGGCGGCCCAGUUCGGGAAGGAAUUCACCCCGCAGAUCCAGGGCAGUUUCCAGAAGCUGGUGGCGGUGGUGGCCCACGCCUUGGCCCACCGAUACCACUAGGCCUCCUCUUCCUCCGCAGCGGCUGCGCCCGCCCUCGGUCACCCGCGAGGGAGCCAUUCCACCCCCACGACCUGCUCAGACAAUAAAAGUCACCUUUUGCAGACUGAA